AUGAAACUACAUUAAUGUUAAACCAACUAGCCAAACAAUGAUAUGAUCUUUGGUCAUAGAAUUGGCACCAAAAAGAUAGUCGCUGAGAAGCAAUAGAAAGUCAUUAAACACAUCAGAUAAUUGCCCAGAAGCAAGGAAGAUAAUUAUUUUCAUGAAGCCAUUAAAGCCAAUGAAUAAUAUGACCUUUUUCUUGAAAAGAUGAACACUUUCAAGAUCCAAUAAGCGUUGAUCUUAACUAAAUAACGAUUUUAGGAUGAUAAUAAAUUCGCCAAUCUUCUUGAGUAUGUUCCUGAAGAAAAAGAAAAUGAUAAAAAAAUCAAAAAAGAACUUGAAUCUUAUAUUGAUAGAUAUGUUACAAUGAAAAAAGGUCCUGCUCCAAGACAUCCAUAAUUUUAUUAUUUUAUUUGAUUAUUAACAUUACUUUUAAAAUUAUGUUCAA